CCCUCGGCCGGUGACAUCACCACAUUCCGGUCCGGCUCCUCCCGCCGCGGCGCCUGCAGCAGCAGUGACAGGAGAGCCCGGCCGGGUGGCGGAGAGGAAGUGCAGUGUCGCCGGGCCGAGCCUGUCUCCGCCGAAGCCGGCUCCCCCCCGGCGGCUCGGGUGACAGCGUCGCGGCCACCGCGCACAGCGCGGAGCACGCGCCGGGCAGAGCCGAGAGCCAGGCAGAGGCUUCAGCAGGGACGCGGGGAAAAUGGCUGAUGACUUUGGCUUCUUCUCGUCAUCGGAGAGCGGGGCUCCGGAGGCACUUGAGGAGGACCCGGCGGCUGCCUUUCUGGCCCAGCAGGAGAGCGAGAUCGCAGGCAUAGAGAAUGAUGAGGGCUUCGGGGCUCCUGCCCGCAGCCAGCUGGCCUCGGCGCAGCAGGGACCUGCGAGUGGGGCUGGUUCUGAGGACAUGGGGACCACAGUCAAUGGAGAUGUGUUUCAGGAGGCCAAUGGUCCUGCCAAUGGCUAUGCUGCGAUUGCGCAGGCUGACAGGCUGACUCAGGAGCCUGAGAGCAUCCGCAAGUGGAGAGAGGAACAGAAGAAACGGCUGCAGGAGCUGGAUGCUGCCUCUAAGGUGACUGAACAGGAGUGGCGGGAGAAGGCCAAGAAGGACCUGGAGGAGUGGAACCAGCGCCAGAGUGAACAAGUCGAGAAGAACAAGAUCAACAACCGGAUCGCUGACAAAGCAUUCUACCAGCAGCCAGAUGCUGAUAUCAUCGGCUACGUGGCAUCUGAGGAGGCUUUUGUGAAGGAAUCUAAGGAAGAGACACCAGGCACAGAGUGGGAAAAGGUGGCCCAGCUAUGUGACUUCAACCCCAAGAGCAGCAAGCAGUGCAAAGACGUGUCCCGCCUGCGCUCGGUGCUCAUGUCCCUGAAGCAGACACCACUGUCCCGUUAGGUGCCUGUCAUAAGCACGGCCACAAGGCAUGGGCCAGGUCUGGGCAGAGGAGGGGCAGCUGCUUUGGCCGUGGUGGAAACUUUCUCCAGCAGCUGCUACACACAGCCUAUUCUGUUCCUCUCUGUCUCCUGGGGCUGGGAAGGGGGACCCUCACUCCUCUUACCCCUUACUCCCAUCUGGCCCUAUGGCCCAGUCCCUCACGCCUCCUCUCAGUCCACUCAAUUGUGACUGUCCCUCCUGAUGUAUUUUUUUUCUUGGCUUAAAGGAUGUGUUAACUCUU